AUGCCUCCUUCCCCCGUUGACCCUUCUGUCGAGCUUUUUGCUUCCCUCGAGUCCCCUCUCGCGAGCUCUACACUCUCCCCGAAGUCAUCGAGUGAUAACACUGGUAUCCCUCCUACGCAGUUUCCUCGGCACGAAAGGUUCUGGUUCCGUGAUGGUAGCGUGAUAUUCGUCGUGAAGAACACGUCGUACCGCCUACAUCUCUACCUGUUCGAAUUGCAUUCCACGAAAUUCGCGAAGACUUUCCUACUUGAUCAUACCGAUAUCAACGAGCCGAUCGUGCUGGAAGGCAUCGAUGAAGAAGAUUUCGAUGCCUUUCUGAACGUAUUGUACCGCAUUUCCUACACCUCGAACCCGUCCCAAAGCGCCAAAGCCUGGGCGUCCGUCCUCCAUCUUGCCUCGAUCUGGGAGUUCCCUUCUAUCCGCCAGCUCGCUAUCGAAAGCUUUGAGCCCUCCGCUACGGACGUCGACAAGGUCGUGCUGGGACAUAAGUAUGGUCAUCAUGAGUGGCUUCUUCCGGGGUACUCUGGCCUGGUUGCACGCGAAGAGCCUCUCACUAUCGAGGAGGGCACGCGGCUUGGGGUGAGGGAUGUCGUUGAUAUCAAUAAUGCAAGGGAGAAGAUCCGAGCGUUGAGUACGCUACUUAGUAAGAUUGAGAUGACCUAG